UCCCCCUCCCUCCGUCCCCUGCAGCAGCAGCAGCAGACGGAGCCGACUCUCCGCCGCCCGGAGCUCAUCUCCACAUCUUCCACUUUCUUAACACUCGCUCUAAAACUUUUAUUCUUCUUUUCUGAACUUUUUCUAAACCUCAAAGCGGAUGUGGAGGCUUCAGGAAGAUCUUACCGGACAGAUGUUGGAUGGAUUCACUUCUCUUUUUUGUGCUUUUGGUGCGUAAAACGUGGCCAAGUAGGUUAGCGGACGAACCGGAGGACUGAAAGAGCUUUCUGUGCGUGUUUGACCGUUUUGUGUGUGUGAGAGAGAGAGGGAGAGAGGGUGAGAGAAAGAGAGGGGGGUGAGUUGUUGAAAGCACGGAGAGUGUUUGAUCCAAUGCGUCCGGAGCGGCCGGUGAAACAGCAGGAACACCAGAGAGAGAGAGAGAGAGAGAGAGAGGGAGGGAGGGAGGGAAGAGUUGAGAUCAGCGGGGUCUGCAGGGACUCACCGGCAGCUGGACGUACAUGUCUCCGCUCCACACCGGCACAGAGGUUUCUACUUCCUGUGACAUCAUCGCAUCAUGCCUGAAGGGUCACGGCGUGGCAGUCAGAGAUCGCCUAGCAACACAGCCGCCAAGCGUCCCUCCUCAGUCUCGUCUCUGAGUGGGAUUGUGGGUAGGAUGAUGUCGUCCGGCGACCGAGGAGCCUCUUCCUCCUCCUGCACCUCCGUCAACACCGUCUGCUCGGACGGGGAGCGUCCCGCCUCCCUCUCCCUCUCCUCCUCUGCUUCCUCCGUCUCCCUGCAGGACACUUCCCACUCCUCCUCUUCCUCCUCCUCCUCUUCCUCUCUGCCGUACGGCGCCGUGCCGACCUACAAUGCCUCUUCGUCAUCGUCCUCCACGCCGAAGAGGAACGGCUCGGACAUCAGCCUGGACCUCACGCCUCUCGUCACACCGCACGGAGGAGUUGUUGCUGGAGGAGGAGGAGGGGUCUCUGUUGCCAGUGCAACAGGUGGAGGCCACCCCCCUAGUGGAGAUGUAGCCAAUCCGGCGGCAGUGGCGGCAGUGGCCACGCCCAGACAGCUUUCACGGCUGGAGCGAGUGGUUCUGGAGAUCGUGGAGACCGAACAGGCCUACGUCAGAGACCUGAAGAGCAUCGUGGAGGAUUAUCUCGGCUGCAUCAUCGACUGCGGCACACUGCCUCUGAAACCGGAGCAGGUCAGCACUCUGUUCUGCAACGUAGAGGACAUCUACGAGUUCAACAGUGAUCUCCUGGAGGAUUUAGAGAGGAGUCCUCACGCUGCAGCCAUCGCCGAGUGCUUCGUAGAAAGGAGUGAAGCCUUCGACAUCUACACACUCUACUGCAUGAACUACCCCAAUUCGGUGGCCGUGCUGAGGGACUGCAUGAAAAACAAAAGUCUGGUUCGUUUCUUCCAGGAGAGACAGACGACUCUGAACCAUUCUUUACCUCUGGAGACGUACCUGCUCAAACCAGUGCAGAGGAUCCUCAAAUACCACCUGCUACUACAGGAACUUUCGAAGCACUUUGACAAGAGCGACCCCGGAUAUGAGGUCGUUGAGGACGCCAUCAUCACCAUGACCGCGGUGGCCUGGUACAUUAAUGACAUGAAGAGGAAACAGGAACACGCAGUGCGACUACAGGAAAUUGAGUCCCUGCUGGUGAACUGGAGCGGGCCGGACCUCAGCGGGUUUGGAGAGCUGGUUUUGGAAGGUUCCUUCAAGGUCCACAGAGUGAAGAAGGAGAGAGCUUUCUUCCUGUUUGAUAAGAUGCUGCUGAUCGCCAAGAAGAGGCUGGAACAGUUCGUCUACAGCACGCACAUAUUUUGCUGUAAUCUGCUGCUGGUAGAGACUCUGAAGGAUCCUCUGUGUUUCAAAGUGUCAGAUCAGACGAUUCCCAAACAGCAGCACACCGUCCAGACAAAGAACCAGGAGGAGAAGAGACUUUGGGUGCACUACCUCAAGAGACUGAUCUUAGAAAACCAUCCUGCUUCAUUCCCACAGAAGGUAAGGAGGGAGGAGACUCCUCAGUUCGACCAGAAGUCCUCCGCAUCAUCGCGAUUGGACGAUAUCCACGGCUACCACAGAGCCAGACGUCAAUCAGGUAAGGGUUAG